AUGGCGGAGGAUUCGAUGCGAGCACGAGAUGGGAGAGAAGAGGAGGUUUUGUGGAAAUACAGGAGACGUGUUGUUGUUGGCGGAUUGUCUCCAGAGAAGAAGUUUCUUUCUAUAUCAAGAUCGAAGGGACUGAACAUGAAAGGUUGUAUAGGAAACGUUCCAAUUUGUUGUUUAAAUCAACUCCACAUCCUUCGGGUUCUUCAAGAAGCUUCUGCAAAAAGUGGUUACUAUCUGUGGCGGAUAAAUGUUUGA